AUGACAUUGCAAACUCAGUCGUAUAUAUAUAGGACAAGAUCGGUGGCGCGUGAACGCCAGAGGUCUAUGAUCUCUUCAAAGUGUUUGUCACAAACGGUUAAAUGCUCACAAGGAGCUUCUCUAAUUAAUUCUGCGGUGCUUAAAAAGCAUGAACAGCCGUCAGACAAAGCGAACUCUGAAAACCAACAUGUCAAAAAAUCAGAACUCUGUCAAGAUAGUGACGAUUCAUCUGAUGAAGAGGAAGUCGAAGAGGAGAAAGAAAACGAAAAUGAUGGCUCUUUUCUAUUGCAUCAGGGUCAACCUGAAUAUCCCGGUGCUGACAAACAAUACCUAACCUGUGGACUAUAUUCGAUAGAUCUGAAAAUAGAUGAAUUGAGAUCCUCUGGACGAUUCGCAAGAAAGCGUAAACGUAAACUUGGCAAGGAUGGCAACAAAAAGCCAUUAAUGCCAUUGCCCAUUUAUUUUGGCGAAUAUUUGACCAAUAAAGAGCAAGAUUUUGAUAUGCCGUGGGAUAUCGUUGCCGCUUAUCAUAGUGGGUUGAUACAUAGAGAGAAGAGACCAUCGCCAUAUAUUAAGAUUAGAACAAAUAUAUUUAAAGAACGUAAAAGAAAGAAAGACAGCAAGCCGCCAAUUUGUCAGUGUAAACCACCUACUGAUGGCCAUAUGGGCUGCGGAAAAGAUUGUUUAAAUAGAAUAAUGUAUUAUGAAUGCUCUCCCAAGCAUUGCCCGUGUGAUGAAUUAUGUUCUAAUCAACGGUUUCAGAAGGGCCAGAUUGUCAAAGGAUUAAAAGUAUUCUGGACUGGUUAUCGCGGAUUCGGAUUGAUGGCAAUAGAGCCUAUUCGGAAAGGUCAAUUUGUAAUUGAAUAUAGAGGCGAAGUAUUGUCAAGAGAAUCAUGCUUUGCUCGGAUGAAAUCUCGGCCGAAUAGGAAAAACAUGUACUUUCUUGGAUAUAACAACGGUGAGGUUCUGGAUGCAUCUGAGAAAGGAACGGAUGCCAGAUAUAUAAACCAUAGUUGUGCUCCCAAUUGUCAUAUCGAGAAGUGGCGGGCACCAUGUGGAGAACAGUAUGUAGGCGUCUUUGCAUCCCAAGACAUACCACCUGGCUCUGAAUUAUCAUAUGACUACCAGUUUAAAGCAUGUGAUGGUGCAGAAUGUCAACUAUGCCUCUGUGGAGAAGUGAGCUGUCGUGGCAAGAUUGGCACCUCCAAGUCUAAAAUGAACAGUGAUGGCGGAAAAUAA